AAAGGUUAAAUUUACCACAAAGUCGGCUCAUUACUACCAAUGCCAAACGAACCUUAUAAAUUUUUACAAAUUACUUUAUGGGUGGCGAGGACUCCGAACGGGCACUCACCAAUCGCGUGAAUACACGUUGCAACUAUAAUCACCUCAAUUCACCAUUUGCAACGCGCAUUGUCAGCGAGCUGGACGCUCUGUUAAAUGAGCACAACGAAUUGUUGAAAUUAUUCAAAUCACAUAUGCAUAAGCUACAAAGUGACAAUCACGCUAUUUUCAUCAAUCCUGAUAGAACACCAGCUGGAGGGCAUAUACGUCGAUUCAACGCACCUGUUGUUGACGACGUGGCUGGAAUCAUGGUUGGCGACCAUACAGCUACGCGACAAAUCGUGAUUCGAAGAAGAAAUAAUUCUCUUCAGUCCAUUCCUGAUACCCAUCGUUUAUAUGAUGCUCUCCAAUAUCCACUCAUUUUUUGGAAGGGACAAGACGGAUAUUGCAUAAACCUUAAGCAACGAGAUCCGGUAACAGGAACCGAAACAAACAAGAAUAUUAGCUCAAAGGAUUUCUAUUCGUUUCGGUUGAUGAUUAGACGUGGUCAGGAUAAUAUCAUUCUACGAUGUCGUGAGCUUUGCCAACAAUUUAUGGUCGAUAUGUACGUCAAGAUAGAGAGUGAACGACUACGAUACCUGCGAUUUAACCAACAGAAGCUGCGUGCGGAAGAAUACAUUCACUUGCGAGAUGCUAUUGCCAGCAACGCUGAUACUGCCGAAAUCGGUAGCUCUGUCAUCCUACCAUCAUCGUACAUAGGUAGUCCACGUCACAUGCAAGAAUACAUACAGGAUGCUAUGACCUUCGUACGUGAAUAUGGACCACCGUGCUUUUUUAUUACUUUUACAUGUAAUCCAAAAUGGCAGGAAAUUACAUCGUUAUUAUUACCUGGACAAAGUGCAAUACAUCGUCAUGACAGGGCAUGUGAACAUGCGCGUUCAAACGCUUCAGGAUCCAUCCGCCGAAACUUUUUCGAAACAGCUAUUAGAUAUUGGCAAUGGGAAAGUUACCGUACAUGAAAAUACUGGAUCAAUAAAAUUACCAACCGGUUUUCGCACAAUCGUCCACUCGCAAGAUGUUCUCAUCGACUGUAUAUUUCCCGAUGUACACACACAAUAUAUAAAUCUUGAGUGGCUGGCAGACAGAGCCAUUUUAGCAGCGAAAAAUGUGGACGUUCAUGGAUUAAAUUUCAAGAUACAACAAUUGUUGCCAACAGACUCUGUGUCAUACAAAUCUGUUGAUACAGUUUGCAAUACUAUCGAAGCUGUAAAUUACCAAGUAGAAUUUUUUAAUUCCUUGGAUUUGCCAGGCAUGCCACCGCACCACUUACAAUUGAGAGUAGGAUCUCCGGUGAUUUUGCUCCUUAACUUGAACCCACCACGGCUGUGCAAUGGCACACGAUUGGUUAUUAAAAAAUUAAUGAAGAACGUGAUUGAGGCCACCAUUUUAAAUGGCAAGUUUCAAGCUAAAAGGUAACACGAAAUUCUUUGACUGUUAGGCGUUACGAAGUUCGCCGGGUUUGCUAGUAAGAAUAUAUAUGU